AUGCAGAUCUUCGUGAAGACCCUGACGGGCAAAACCAUCACCCUAGAGGUUGAACCAUCUGAUACUAUCGAAAAUGUGAAGGCUAAAAUUCAGGAUAAGGAAGGCAUUCCUCCUGAUCAGCAGCGAUUGAUUUUUGCUGGCAAACAGCUGGAAGAUGGUCGUACCUUGUCUGACUACAACAUUCAAAAGGAGUCCACUCUUCACCUUGUGCUGAGACUUCGCGGUGGUGCAAAGAAAAGAAAGAAGAAGUCUUAUACCACCCCUAAAAAGAACAAGCAUAAGAGAAAGAAGGUUAAACUUGCGGUGCUUAAAUAUUACAAGGUUGACGAGAAUGGAAAGAUCCACCGCCUGCGCCGUGAGUGUCCCUCUGAGGAGUGUGGUGCCGGAGUUUUCAUGGCCAGCCACUUUGAUAGACAUUACUGUGGCAAGUGUUGUCUGACAUACUGUUUCAACAAGCCAGAAGACAAAUAA